AUGAUUAGGUAUAAAUUAUUGGCAAAAUGCUGCACCCUUGCACCUAAGUGUGUUAAGCAGCCGAUUGUCCUUGUGAAUCUCAGGUUAAGUAUGGACUGGAGGACAGCUUUAGUAGUACUCGCGUUGCUGUUUUACGUCGACGGCUUCUCGAAAUAUGGAAGAACGUGUAGGGACAUCGGGUGUCUCAAUAGUGAAGUAUGUGUCCUAGCAGAGGAUCCCUGCUCUUUUGGCCGCACCUCUGACUGCGGAACAUAUCCUACCUGUAAAAAGAAGUCUCAAGUUGAAGGUUCACAUUCUGAACCAGCUCCGUCCGUUCCCAAGCCACAAACUCCUACUAGGAAUUUCGACUCGGCUCCCAGUUACCCGGCACCUGCACCACCGACUAAUACUCAUAGCGGCUCGCCUUACAACAAUUCUCCUUACGGGGGUUCACCUUAUGGUGGUAGCUCGUCAAAUGGUGGCUCACCAUAUGGUGGUAGCUCGUCAAAUGGUGGCUCACCUUAUGGUGGUGGUUCACCUUAUGGUGGCAGCUCAUCUAACGGUGGUUCACCUUACGGUGGUAGUUCACCUUAUGGUGGUAGCUCUUCCAACGGUGGUUCUCCUUAUGGAGGUAGUUCCCCAUAUGGAGGCAGUUCACCUUAUGGUGGUAGCUCUUCCAACGGUGGUUCUCCUUAUGGAGGUAGUUCCCCAUAUGGAGGCAGCUCAUCUAAUGGUGGCUCCCCCUACGGAGGUGGUUCACCAUAUGGUGGCAGCAAUCCAUACAGUGGGCCUUCCCGCGGAGGAGGCAGUUCACCCUAUGGUGGUACAAGCUCGAAUGGUUUUGGAAACGGAAAAAGCCCCUUGGACAGUAUUUUCAAUACAUUAAGCAAUUUUGCCAACGGCCAACCUGGACAAACUGGACAGAGCGGACAAAGUGGAACCAACGGCUUGUCGAAUGUAUUCGGUAAUAUCCUGGGAAAUCUAUCAAAGAAUGGCGGUCUAAGUAGCUUUUUAAACACUAGACCUAUCAUGGAGAACCCUAAUUAUCCGUCAUACAGCGCUAACUCGAAGUCUGAUUUGAGUUCAUCAAAAGCAAACUCAGCUAAGCCCUAUCACAACAGUGCCAAUACCAGAAAACCAAUGUCAUAUGGAUGGAAUAUUAGCGCGACUGUGGUUUUCACGUACCUGAUACAUCUAUACAUCCAUGCAGUAAUAGGGAAA